ACAGAAUGGUUCUUUCAGUACAUCCACGGCCACAGCAGAAGGCGUCUUUGUCGGCUGGGAUCAUAUAGACUGUAUGCCUGGGAUGCAGCAUCCUCUCAGAGCUCUGCUCCAUGCAGCACAGAGUCAGAGCGUCUGCGCCUGCAGAGGAUGCUGCUGCUGCUGCUGCUGCUGCCGCCGCCACCGGAGGACCGAGUUCAUCACUCCGAGACGAAGUAAGCUGGUAAACUGACCAUCUUUUCAGUCUCCACAGGAUCGGCGCUCGAAUAUGAGCGCACAGAAACUCCAAAGACACUCUCUUCUCCUCAUCAUCGCUUCGCUGUUAAACUUGAAGCAUGGAAGUCGUCGGGACUGACGCAGCUCCUCACCGGCUGCAGAAGUUGGACAGCAAAACAUUUAAACGCCGUGACUUUUGAAAGCUUAGCAGACCGCGUGCGCUCUUUGGAAGGAUGCUCAACAUGUGGCAUUCAGGUAAAAAGCACCUUUAAUCUGUCUGAUGCUUGGAAGGAUAUUGAUCAGGGAAAGCAGCCAAUUAUUCCCGGUAAUGGAAUGAAGACACUUGGCUGAGAUAAUGGAUGAUAGAUCCAACAAGCUCGUUUGGGUUCCCAUCUUGGCAGUCCUCUUUGUUAUGAUCGGGUACCAGUACAUUUGUCCUGCGGGCAGCAAUUCGUGCCACUUUAAGACGGAGGAGAAAUUCCGCGGAGUGAGCCUGCUCCCAUCCCCGUACCAGGACACCGACGACUUCUACCGAGAUCAGGACCUGGAGGAGGACGCGCCUCCGAGAAUACCCUCCAAAUUCAACUUCACCGAGAGGGACCUCGACCGCCAUGUGGAGUUCAACAUCCGAGGGGACGACGUGAUCGUGUUUCUGCACAUCCAGAAGACAGGCGGGACGACUUUCGGGAGACACCUGGUGAGGAAUAUUCGCUUGGAGCAGCCGUGCGACUGCAAGCCGGGUCAGAAGAAAUGCACCUGCCACCGGCCGGGCAAGAAGGAGAGCUGGCUCUUCUCCCGGUUCUCCACCGGCUGGAGCUGCGGGCUGCACGCGGACUGGACCGAGCUGACUAACUGUGUCCCGGUCGUUAUGGACAAGAAGGAGGCCCAGAGGAAGAAAAGGAACUUCUACUACAUCACCAUGCUGCGAGACCCGGUCUCCCGCUACCUGAGCGAGUGGAAGCACGUCCAGAGGGGAGCCACAUGGAAGACUGCCCUUCACAUGUGUGACGGCCGCUCGCCCACGCAGGAUGAGCUGCCCACCUGCUACAGCGGCGAUGACUGGUCCGGCGUCACGCUGACAGAGUUCAUGAACUGCCCGUCAAACCUGGCCAGUAACCGUCAGGUCCGCAUGCUGGCCGACUUGAGUCUGGUCGGUUGUUACAACCUGUCCUCCAUGAACGAGAGCCAGCGCAACCACAUCCUUUUGAGCAGCGCCAUGAGCAACCUGAAGAACAUGGCCUUUUACGGCCUGACGGAGUUCCAGCGCAAGACGCAGUACAUGUUUGAGCGGACGUUCAGCCUGCGCUUCAUCUCUGCCUUCACGCAGAUCAACAGCACGAGAGCCGCCAACGUGGACCUCAGCGAGCUGGUGCGCAAGCGCAUCGAGGACCUCAACUUCCUGGACGUGCAGCUGUACGAAUAUGCAAAGGACCUGUUCCUCCAGCGGUUCCAGUUCACCCGACAGAGGGAGCACCAGGAGGUGCGCUUGAAGAGGCGCGAGGAGAGGCGUUGGCUGCGGGAGCAGAAAGAUCAGAGCUGGCCGUGGUCGCCGAAACACAAGGGGAGGGCAAACAGAGGCGGGACAGGGGGAGGAGACUUUGAGAAGGAAACGGAGAGGAACUUACCCAGCACCACGGAAGAUUACACGAGCCAAGUGGCUCGCUGGUAAGACCUGAUCAGAGAUGGGAGAGUUUUACAGACAUUUUGAUCAACCCACUUUAUGUAACACCAUUAAUAUGUGUCCUGCAUCUAUUUGUCAGCUUCAGUGUGAUUCAAGUAGUCUGCUAUCUCGUCAUUGACGAAGAAAAAGCCAAGUCUGUUUGUCUGAGUUCCCUUGGGUGUCUUAAAUCUUUAAAAUGCUGUUUUUAUGUUUUAUUCUUGCCUUGUUUUUUUAUUUACAGAAAGUUAUGAAGUCAGAAAUGAUCAGACUGUUUUUAUGACACUUAUGGAGUAGACUUGAAUAUCAUUUUUAUAGUUUAACUUAAACUCAAACCGGAUCAGUUAUAGAUAACCGACUUGUGACUGAAACAGCACAAAAAAUGAAGCAUAAAUGAGGUCUAUUUAUUUAUAGAUUUAUAAUUCCACUGCUGCAGGUUCACAAGGACUCUGUCAUCUCUUUCAAAAGACAACGCUCCAUGAAAUGAUGUUUGCUGUCAGAGUUUAAUAUUGCAGCAGCAGCAUUGACGCAUCAACGGCGAGACCCACCUUGUGUGGAUCUCAGAGGGGUUUCUCACAGAUCAGUGUUUGACACCGCGAUAAGACGGCGAAGGUGCAGAUUUCCAGAGAAAUCUUCACGAAAGCGAAAGGCUGCAGGUUAGACAUUGCUAAAUCAUCAACAUUUUAUUUGACACUCAAAAUACAGACUUAAAAUAAAGUUUUCUCAAAAAAAUAUUUUUUCUUCUUGAAGAUAGUUACAUCUUUUUCUCCAUAAAGGAGAAAUAAGCAGAAAGAUUUUUUUUCUAAUAAAAGCAGUAAGGCGAUAAACCUGCUGUGUACCCAAUAUUUUCACAAUAAAAGUCUUUCCCUCUUAUUUCUAAUCAGAACUGAUCAAUUGCUUUCUGAAUGGCAGUUAACUGACAGUACAGAUGCUGAAGUGUGUGAACGCGACCGCUACGUUUCCUGACUGAGAAUGAGAUGAUCAGCAGUCAGUUCCCGGCGCCAUACUGACCGUUUUUUCCGUGUUCGACGAGCUGACGGAGCUGCAGACUGUUCCCAAGUCAGUCCAGACUCAAAGAGCCUCAAAGCAGACGACGGAAGAGGAAAAACGACUCCUGCUUUAUGGUUUGAAUUCUUUUGCUAACUAGAUUUUAUCUGAUCGAACAAACGUUAAUGACUGAGCUGCUUUAGUGUCAAUUACCUCAUGUUUACUCACCACACAUGCAUAUCAAAAUUUGUUCAAGCUUUUUCUUCGUUUUCGUGUGACUGAAAUACCUCAGGUGUAAAAGUUUGACCACAUUUUGUUGUGUUUUCAGUUUAGGUCUUUAAAUGCACCCAUCUGAAUAAACACUUGUUUUUUAUUUUUUUCAGUUAGUCAAAUAUGUGAAUAAA